CGCUUGUUAUGUACACACAACCAGCAAGAAGAUCCACAGUGGAUAAAUUUCACAAUUGAUCACUUAUACAUGGUGGCAAAAAUAUUUCCCUUGAAACCUUUAAUUUAGGCGGGGCAAAGGAGGAGAUCCAAUUUCCGUUUCUUUGACACUAGGGUUUUCACUCUUCUUCGUCUCCGUAGAAAGCUGCAGGCCCGCAUCAUUCUUGAAACAAUUAUUACAGUAUGGACCCAGACCAAGUUGUUGCUGAAUUGGUUGGAAUGGGAUUUGAGUUUUCUGAUAUUACCAAUGCUGUAGAAGUUGUGGGUCCAUCAAUUGAUAGUGUGAUUGAUUUUCUACUCGAUGAUUCUCGAAGAAACACUGCGAGUGCAUCAACUAGUAAUGCAUGUUUCAGCAACCGUGCUGGUACGCUGGGAAAAAGAGGCUCCUCUUCUUCUUCGUGUUCUGCAGGCAAAAUACGGCAAUCAAGCAUAAACGAAUUCAUUCAAUCAGCAGGUAGACCUAAAAGAAGCAAGACAAUGAAUACGUUGGAUAUGUCUCAAUCAGAAGUCUUGCAAAGAGAUACCAGAGAUCGAAAUGUGCAUCCUCCUCUAGAGGAUUCUGAUCUUCACAUUGCAACUGAAAAAGCUGUAUUAUCAUCGUAUUGCAAAGAUGAAGACAUUGGACCAGAUUGGCAAAAGAAGGUCAAGAAUUUGUUGCAGAAGCACUUUGGAUUUUCAUUGUUGAAGGAUUUUCAGAAAGAAGCUCUGGAGGCUUGGUUAACUCACCAAGACUGUCUUGUUCUUGCAGCAACAGGAUCAGGGAAAUCUUUGUGUUUUCAGAUUCCAGCAUUGCUGACUGGGAAGGUUGUCGUUGUUAUAUCACCGUUGAUUAGCUUGAUGCACGAUCAGUGUUUGAAGUUAGCAAAACAUGGUGUUUCUGCUUGCUUCCUUGGAUCUGGUCAAGUUGAUCGAAGUGUUGAACAAAAAGCAAUGGCAGGCAUGUAUAGCAUCAUUUAUAUAUGCCCUGAGACAAUUCUAAGACUCAUAAAACCCCUCCAAAGCCUUGCAGAAAGUCGUGGAAUCGCUCUAUUUGCAGUUGAUGAAGUUCAUUGUGUUUCUAAGUGGGGUCAUGAUUUUCGACCAGAUUACAGGCGAUUAUCUGUUCUGAGAGAGAACUUUAGAAUGGAUACCAUGAAGUUUCUGAAGUUUGACAUUCCGAUCAUGGCACUGACUGCUACUGCCACUACUCGUGUUCGAGAAGACAUUCUGCAGUCAUUGCACUUGUCAAAGGCGACACAAAUUGUUCUCACUUCUUUUUUCCGGCCAAAUCUCCGAUUUUUAGUGAAACACUCUAAAACAUCAUCUUUAGCAUCCUACAAGAAGGAUUUUCAUGACUUGAUAAGCAUUUAUUCCAGAAAAGGAAAGUCUUCCUCAAAAAAUAAGUUAAUGUCUACAAAUCUGGAGAACUCUGAAAGCUCUGAUAAUGCUUCCAAUGUGUGCAUGGAUGAACAUAAUGGGAUCAAUGAGGUUAAUGUAGAUGAUGUUGAGGGGGAUGCUGUUUCUGAGAGUGACAAUGAAGUAUCUUCUCCUGGGAGAUAUGGUUUAGAUUCAUUUAAGGAUAGACAAUUGUCUGUUGAGUAUCUGGAAGAUGAGUGUGAUGUUGUGCAAGAUGUUGAUGAUUUGGAUGUUUCUUGUGGUGAAUUUAGUGGAAAACUACCGUUGAAAGGUUGUUGUGGUUUUCUGUUGCACAAAACUCCUGAUCUGGCCAAUGAUCCAGAAGAAAGAGCAAAGCUUCGACACAAACCGUUGGAGGACGGACCAACAAUAAUCUAUGCCCCAACUAGGAAAGAAACACUGAGUAUAUCAAAAUUUCUUUCUAAAUUUGGGAUCAAGGCUGCUGCUUACAAUGCUAAGUUGCCAAAAUCACAUCUGAGGCAGGUGCAUAGGGAAUUUCACGAGAACACUCUGCAGGUAAUUGUCGCAACAAUUGCCUUUGGGAUGGGCAUUGACAAGUUGAAUGUGCGAAGGAUCAUCCACUAUGGUUGGCCCCAGAGUCUGGAGGCUUAUUAUCAAGAGGCUGGUCGAGCUGGUCGGGAUGGAAAAGUAGCAGAGUGUGUUCUGUAUGCAAACUUGUCAAGAACACCAACGCUUCUACCAAGUCAAAGAAGUGAGGAGCAGACAAAACAAGCAUAUAAGAUGUUAUCUGAUUGCUUCAGAUAUGGAAUGAACACUUCUUGCUGUAGAGCCAAGUCACUUGUGGAGUACUUUGGCGAGCACUUUCUUUUGGAGAAAUGUCUUGUGUGUGAUAUAUGCAUCAAAGGACCACCUGAAAAACAGAAUUUAAAGGCUGAGGCGAUGAUCUUCUUGCAAGUUGUUGCUACUCAUUGUAGAAAUUUUGCAGACAUCUCCUAUGGUGGUUAUGAAGGGAGACUUGGUGAGAGGCCAAACAUCAAGGCUUUAGUCAGCAGAAUAAGGGAACAGUAUCAACAAUUUAGUGCAAGUGACCUCUUGUGGUGGAGAGGUCUUGCGCGACUGUUGGAAGUUGAAGGAUUUAUUAGGGAGGGAGAUGACAUGACCCGUGUGCAGAUAAAAUACCCAGAAGUAACAGAACGUGGAAGGCAGUUCCUGAGUUGUGAAACAGAGCAGCCAUUUCAUGUUUAUCCUGAAGCAGAUAUGUUGCUGUCUAUGAGAAGCCCCAAGUCCUUUUCCAGUUUUGCUGAAUGGGGAAAAGGGUGGGCUGAUCCCGAGAUCCGUCACCAACGUUUGCAAAGAAAACGAACUUGGAAAUCUCCAAGAAAACGAAAAUCACGUAAACGUCAGCCUGAUUCUAAUACAGUUCGAGGAAGAUUGACUGCCAAGCUAUCAAAAAAGUGACACAAAUGUGAACUAUUGAACUGGUUAAAAAGACUUCGACGCUAGUGAGGAUUGAGACAAAUCAGCCAUUAUUUAUUCGUCCAUUAUGUUCUGGUUGUGAUUGAUGGAUCCUUUUAAGAUGUCAUGUUUGUUUUUGUUUAUUUUUAAUCUGAAUUUAGUCCCAACCCUGUUAAUAUAACAAUAGUAUAGCCAAUGUAAUUUCAUACGUGGGAUCUGGUA